AGAUUCGUAUGGCUGGUCGUGACAGAACGCCAAGUAUCCCACGGCUGUAGCCGCCGCGCCGCGAACCAACAUCGUCCACCACUUCCCGAGUGACGAGGUCUCCGCCGCACUCUUCUCGCUGCUCCGGCGACGACGUUGUUUGAAGAUGAGCUCGCUCCACCGCCGUCGAUGAUCCCUCUCUCGCCUCUCUAUCGCCCCCCUCCGCGGUACCUCCGUUUUCUACUCUCCUCGGUUGGGGCAGUGCCAGAUUUGUCUUCUUUAGAAGCCGGUGAUGGACUCAUCUUGGGGUAUCCGGCCGUAUCCCGCGCUUGAUUUCAGCAUAGUUUCGAAUCGUGUGAGGUUUGGAUACAGAGGGCGAAGCGGUUGUUUAGUUAGGGAGUCUGGAGUUCAAUUUAAGUCUUGUUCGUUGCGGAGGAAUUUGUUGAGUUUUUCGACUGCAGCUUAUGGGAGAGAUUGCGUGGACUUAUUUAGAUUUUCAUGGAGAGAUUUUGAAGGCAAUUUGUUACAGUUUAGGAAAGUUUCCGAGCGACCCAUGUUGUUGAACUGCCAUUCCAAUGAUUUUGCAGCUCAUGUUGGUGCUAACAAAGAGGAUACUAGUGCAAAUGAAGAUGGAUUAGUAGAUGAGCAAAAGUCUCCAGUGGAAGAAUCGGAGGUAGUGCCUGCUUCUGAUUCUAAGCUGAUUGGCUCUCCGGCCGAGGAAAAGGAUGCCUAUCAUCUGGAAGAACUCAGGGAAUUGCUCCAGAAAGCUAUCAAAGAGUUGCAGGUUGCUAGUCUGAACAGUACCAUGUUUGAAGAAAAGGCACAAAAAGUAUCAGAAACAGCAAUUGCAUUAAAAGAUGAAGCAGAACGUGCUUGGAGAGAUGUUAAUUCUGUUGCUUCUUCCAUUCAGGAGAUUAUUAACGAGGAGGAUGUUGCCAAAGAGGCAGUGCAGAAGGCCACUAUGGCACUCUCGAUGGCUGAGGCCCGGCUGCAGCUGGCAGUAGGAGCUAUUGAUUCAGAAAUGGAUCCAACGACAUUGUCUGAACCUUCCGUUGAGAGUAAUAAUUACCAAGAACUUUUGUCUGCUGAAGAAGAGAUUAGGAGCUGUCAGGAAAAUUUAGAAAGUUGCAAUGAAUCUUUGAGACACAUCCAAACAAGGAAACUAGAAUUGCAAGAAGAAGUAGAGAGGUUACGACAGAUUGCUGAGAAAGCUCAGUUAAAUUCAUUGAAGGCCGAGGAGGAUGUGGCAAACAUUAUGCUUCUUGCUGAAAAAGCAGUGGCUUAUGAAGUUGAGGCUACUCAACAUGUUAACGAUGCAGAAUUGGUACUGCAGAAAGCUGAGAAAGCUAUCCCUUCCACUGAAGGUUUCGAUCAGCAGCCACAAGUUUCUCAAGACCAGAUAGGCAAGGAAGAGUCAAGCUCUGUGGAGGAGGUAAUGGCAAUUUCUGUUGAUGAUGGUGUUACCGAAAGAGAUGAACACUUGGUUGGUGAAGAUAUGGCUUGUGAUGUAGCUGUUCAAAGCAUUGAAGGGGUGAAAUCAUAUGAUGAAAUGAGUGAUCAAGAGAAUGGAAAGAUGAUUCCAGAUGCCAUCAAAGAUGCUGAUACAGAGCUUAUGAAGGCAAAGAAGCAGGAACAACAAAAGGACUUGAAUAAGGAUAUCCCUUCAUCUCUUAAUGCACCCAAGGCAUUGUUGAAAAAGUCAUCUAGGUUUUUCUCUGCAUCAUUCUUUUCUUCUGACAUAGAAGAUGAAGAGUUCACACUUGCCUCUGUCUUCCAUGGUCUAGUUAAUUUUACAAAGAAGCAAGCACCCAAGUUAGUUGUUGGGAUGGUUUUUCUUGGGAUGGGGUAA